AUGGCAGCGAAUCCGCAGUUGGACGGCCAGGGGAUUCCCGUGCCGUUCGUGGGCGAGGUGAUGGUGCUUCGGCGCGACGGCAUCGAAUUCCACGUCGAUAAGAUGCCGCAGGUAGCGAGCGGCAAGUGGGUGUGUCGCGGGUCGCUCUUCCUGUCCAACAUCCGCAUGGUCUUCGUCGCCCAGCCAUCCACCCAGCCGCCACUCCUCGCCUUCGACAUGCCCCUUCUGUACGUGCACGGGGAGAAGUUCAACCAGCCCAUAUUCGGAGCCAACAACAUCUCAGGCGUCGUGCUGCCUGUGGCGGAUAGCAGUGUGCACGCGGCGCUGCAGGCCCCGCACGCCUUCACGAUCUACUUCAUGCAUGGCGGGGUGGGCACCUUCCUGCCUCUCUUCUUCUCCAUCCUCCGCGGUCUCCGCGCCUCCGCCCACCCCUCCUCCUUCCCCGCCUCGCCCGCUGCCGCACCAGGCGACUCCUUCACCUCCACCACCUCCGCCUCUUCUCCCGCUGCUGCUUCCCCUGCCAUGGAUCCUCUCCCUUCGCAGCGCCUGCCAGUGGAUGAGAUGAUGCGCAGUGCAUACAUGGACCCUAAUGACCCCACCACUGUGUACCUGCAGCAGCCCUCCUCGUUCUCCUCGCAGGGGCUCAGGCGGAGGGACACGUACAGGCCCCCUGCUCCCACCGCAUAG